AUGAAAUUGGUACUAGUGUAUGUUUUUAUUUGUUUACUGUGCUCCGUUAAUUUUGUUUAUUUGAUUGUUUUAUUCACCUUGAAGCUUUUUAUGGCGUCAGGGAAGGUAUUAGCUGAUCAGUUUAGAAGGCAGGGAAUACGGUAUGAAGAGGCGUCCGGAAUCCUUUGGUGCUCUUUGUGUACAAAUGCUAAAGGAUUAGAGAUAAUUGAAGUGGAGUCGAAAGACAGUGUAUUGGAGCAUUGCGCCUUAAAACGUCAUCUGAUUUUUAUGGAAAAGCAGUUACCUAUGGAUCAGUACUGCCCUGUCGAAAUCAAUGGAUGUUACAUGCUUCUUGAUCAUCAUUGUGUAUAUCCCGCGGUCAUGUUUGGUAGAGGACGGCUUUUAUUGGACGACACUUUGGGUUGUUUAAUUCCUGAAGACGUAUGUGGAGGUGUGAAGUUGUUUCCACGACACAAGUAUACGGUAUUAGAGCUUAUUAUUCCACAUAGUACCGUGCCUUUGCCACACAAGCCUGACUACUUUGUGGAGAGAGAGGUUCGUAGUCGAAAAUGUCGAUUGGGAAUGGAUAUCUGUAUUGCUUACUACAAUAAAUCUGUGGAGGGUGAAACAGCAGUAAUGAAGCGACGAAGAACCGUCUUUGGACGCGUGAAUAUGCAAGGAAUAUAA